GUUCCUGAGCGUAAUCAGUUUCUUUUUCUGAGGAAAAGCUUUACUUUCUUUUGUUUUUAUAGGGAAUUAAUAAUAAAUUAGAAAGGUAUGAUUAGUCCAUAAGAAUCCACAAUGAUAAUGUGAAAUUUUGACAUCAUUCAUAACUCCAAAUUUAGUUUUUAUUUUUUUUAGCCCAUGAAGCGAAAAGGAGGCCAUGAUAAUAAUCAGCCUUUGACAAAAAGACCAGAUAUCGUAUCAACUUCCAGUGCCUUUCGUUCAAAAAUAGCUGCAAAGUUGCAAACUUUAUUGGAAGGCAUAGCCACUGAGCCUAAGAGUAAUUUUACCGAAGACAAAAAACCUGACAUAUCUUCAUUGUUUGAUGGUUCUUCAGAUUUUUCCGUUACUCCAUCUGUAGAUGCUGAAAAUAGUUUUACUGAUAGUACAAGCCUUGUCUUGCAGAAUUUCAUUAAUUCUGCAAAAUUAAAGAUCACAGAAUUACUACACAAAGAGAAUAAUGAAGCACAUGCAUUUGAAAUACAGAAUGAUUUUGAUUGUAACCAGAGCCGUUCCGUAAAAAGUGGGCAUGAAACUACGCAGCAGAGCACAUUAAAUGGUCGCCAUAUAGGUCCUUUGCAAAGACAUAUAUCUGUAAAACUUCAUAAUCUUCUAGGUAAAGCUUUAAACAAAAAUGUUGCCAAUUCUAACCUUGUGUCCCAAAGUGGUGAAAAUGGCCAUAGUGUUUUAUCUGAAGGAGAAUUGGAAGAUUUGUCACUGCUGUUUCAAGAAUUUAUAAAUUCUUUGAAAAGACAAUCAAACAAUUCCAAAAAACACGUGACAACACCACUCCAUAACCAGCAGUUCUGUAGUCCAGAUACAACUUUAAUUUCUCAUAGAACUAGUGAAGUUAAGCAAAGUAAUAACAACAAACAAAGUAAUAAUCGCAAGAAACAUUCAGCAACUGAAAUUGGCCAUCAUGGAAAAGACAUUGUUCAAAAUCAGAGUAGUCAUUUGUGUACUGUGUCGGUAAAGAAAUCAAAACCAGGGACAUCAUCAAAGAUGAUUUGUAGUGAUGACAGUAACACUGAAUGGCCAUCCGAAAGAUGCUCGGAUGAUGAGCUGGAAUGCAGGGAAUUAAAUAUUUUUGGCGUUGGAACUAGAAUCAUAUCAUUAUCUGACUGCGAGUAUACUCCUGAAGUCUUGGACCUAAAUGUGAGAACAGAUAGUUCAGAAAAUGAUUCUGAACCUGAUGUUAUUGUUUUGGGAGAGAAACGUCCAGUUUAUGAGGUUAUAACACUGGAAGAG